GCAAGCCAGUCCAGUUUCAAACACGUGCUGCAACAACCAACUCCUAUUGCAGUGACCAGAAGAGGAGGGUAGUUCUUCAUAGCCUAUAGAGCAGGAAACCAAGCAGCAAUAGAACAGCAAAUCUUAACAGGUGUUGGGUUGAUAUCGUGGUCUCAUAUUACGCAUGCAUAUGAUUAACUGAGUUACGUCGUCUCGUCAAUCAAGGAAGCGAAAGAACGUCUCAUCCCGUGGAGUCCUACGGUGCCUUUUGGUGUACGGCUUUAUCUCAAAAAUCCUUAAUUGUUGGCUUCUAACGGUUUUUACCGUUGUCUUGCCUUUUCUCGUGUUCGUUUGUGAAUGGCUCGCACUGGUAACACGAUGAGCUGGCGUGCUGUUUGACAGUUUGGCAGGGGCAAGUUUCGAUUUCUGAACGUGGACAGCUCCGCCGUAGAAAUGGAGAAGAACUGUGUAAGAAUAAUCGACCACAAACAAGAGAAGACAGGUGGCUGUCUGGAAAGGACAUUUUCUACUCUCACUGUCGAUGAUGUGUAUGAAAUCGCCAAACUUAUUGGAUCAGAAGUAGAAAAACUCAUCGAUGGAUAUGGCAAAGAGAGCGCCGAGGGUCUUGUUCCUAAAAUUGUUAAAGUAUUGGAAUUCCUGGAGAGCUUUGCAGCGCGAAAUUACGCACAUAAAUGCCGAGAAGAGGAACUGUUAAAGGCCUUUGAGACACUACAAAUUCAGCAGCAGAAAAGGCAACGUGGGAAAGACUGCGAGGAGAGCAACAACAACAACUCUGAAAUGCGGGACUGGCAGCAGAAGGAGAAGAAGUGGCAGCGGCGUCUGGAGGAGGUGCAGGACCAGGUGACGCAGCUGCGGCAGGAGAACAAGGACCUGCAGGGACGCAUCAAGUGCAGCAACACACAGGACGAUCGUGUCCAGCGCCAGGAGCGGGAGGUGAUGUUGAAACUGAAGGAGGUGGUGGACAAACAGAGGGAUGAGAUCCGGGCCAAGGCUCAGGCCAUAUCCUCUCAGUCCAAAGAAGUGGAAGCGUUGCAGGAGCAGCUGGAUCGCUUCAUGAAGAUGAACGGCGAGCUGCGCCACAGGCAGAGCGUGAUGCAGGCCCAGCUGAAGAGUGCUGUGGAGCGCAAGGCCGACAGCGAGGCAGACAUGUGUGAGAAGCAGAAGGAGAUCGAACGCCUCACACAGCAGCUGGAGAAGGCCAACGUCAAUGUGCGUGGGUGCCCCUUGUCCAAUAAUGACGCAAAUGAUCCCAACCGGCCAUGUUUCACCAAACAGGAAGUGAGGGACAUGAUUUUUGAGAGGAAUGAGCUGAAGGCCAAUCUCUUCCUGGUUCAGGAGGAGCUGUCCUACUACCAGAGGGAGAUCCUGAAUGAUGAGCACUGUCCAGGCUUCCUGCUGGAUGCAGUGCGCUCUGCCAUCAAGAAGCAGAGGACGGUCAUCAAGGCCAAAAUGCUGGGCAUCGCCGUGGAGGACUGCAGUAGUGACGAGGAUGACAAAGGCCCAUUAUUUGAGAGCAAGGAUUCCUCAGACAAUGACACAGAUUGUACGGACAGCAGGCCUGCAGAGUCCCGCAUCAGAAACUUGUUCGGCUUCCUGACCCGCUCCGGGAGCUACAACAAGAGCCCCAGCCCAGUAAGGGCCAGCUCCACCUGGGAGAUCAUCAACCCAGACGACAAGGAGCCCGGAGACGACCCAGAGAACCGACCCUCACCCCCCUGAACACACACACACACGCACACAUGCACACACACACACACACACACACACACACACACACACACACACACACACACACACACACACACACACACACACACACACACACACACACACACACACACACACAAACCUACCCCUACUCUCAAUCUCUCCUCAGGUUUUAGGUAUUCAGUGUUUCCGUCAGCAUGAAUCAACCAACUAGAAAGACUUCUAUUGCACACUGUACAUCCAGUAUACAGUACAUACACGAUGGAGAAGUGCAGAGGGCUCUGUAAGGACAAGAAAGGACAAAAAAUGCUCUUCAACCAAUGCAUGGUUGGGAAACCUUGUUUUGAAAGGUUAUUUGCAACUGACUGGUGUUUUUCAUUACUGCGGUUAACAGUAUUUUCAGGGCUUGUAAGUCCUCUGAACUUCAAAGUGUUUGACAGUUGACGAUUAUGGCAGAUGUGCUGAAUAUGUUCCCCACAAUGUGUGUAGUAUACACAUAUUUCCCUCUUAAACUCGUAUCAAAUUGUUUUUUAGCUAUUUUUGUAGACAUAGAUAUUUUGUUACAUACUUUUUAACCAAAGAUGCAAGUAUUGAGAGCACAGAUUCCCAAUUGCAGGUAUUCAAACUGAUCACUAGGGGGUGCCAAAAUAGCAUUUCGCUCUCUUUGAGCACACAUAAAGACAUGGCUUUUUAUUUGAAAAAAGAAAAAGUUUAAAAUCUUAACCUAACAUCAGUCUAAACUUUGGCAAUCUUGCAUUAACACAUUUGAAACUAUCCAUAUAUAUAUUCUGUAUAUUGCUCAGUAUGCACUUUGAGAAACCUUGAAACCAGAAUGUAAAAGAGUGUUAUUCAGUGUGCCCUGGCAUUUUAACGAGACAGUAUGCUCCCUCUUGUGUCGUAUGUCAUAUUUGCAGUUUGGUGUUUUUUUCCCCCUGCGGUGCAACAAAAUGUGUUUUUACUCUCUUACUGUACUGAUGAGUAUAACAAAACAGAAGGACUCCAGUUCCUCAGUGUGCCUAGCACAGACCACCAUGAAAUAUUUUAUUGAGUUUAUCUUUUGUCAGUUUCAGUUUUCCAGCAGUUCAUUUUAUAAAUAUGGAGAAGGUGGGACUAAGGCUAAUUUUAUAUCUAAAAUAUUAUAUAAAAAAUGUGAUCUUCUGUGUCUCUGUUAAUGUGAUCAGCAGGGCAUUUUUCUCCUAUAUCCCAACCAUUUCAUUUUAAGUGUGUGUGUGUGUGUGUGUGCGUGCGUGCGUGCGAGCGAGCGAGUGAGCGAGCGAGAAGGAGUGUGUCUGCGCAUGUCAGGGUGUGAGUGAAUGUAAGGGUGUGUGUGUUUGUCUGUGAGGAAAUGUGUGUUUCCUUUAAGGGGAAAUAGGACCUAAUGUGUGGCCCAAGACCUAUAUGAUUAAGUGAAAAAGAAAUGGCUACCAGCAUCCCCACUCCUCCCUCAACCUUCGGUGAACACUAUACUAUACUGCAUGUGUACACUGAAGUCUAUUGCCGUACUGUACUCUACCUAUCUCUUAGUGGAGAUGUUAUGUGCCAGCAAGGAUAUUAAUCCUGUUUUGUAAGCAUGUUGGUUUUGAUGGGAAACUUUUGUGCAACAAAACCAAAUAAAUGAAGUGGAUUUACACAUUG